AAGAAAUUGUUAGAGAGAUAGCAAAACGAAUCUUGCAAAAUAGAUAUGGGUUUAGUGAGGAUCAAGUAAAUGACUUAUUCUCUAUCCAGAAAAAUGACCAAUGUGAAAAUACCCAUCGUGAAAAGGAGACUAUUGGAGAGAUGGCGCAACAGAUUUUACAGGAUAAACUUACUAUUAGAGAUGUAAGAGCUGAAGCUUAUGCCUUAGCCCUAUCAGCAAAAAAUGCGAAUGCUGGUUCAUCACAAUUAAGAAAUAUUGGUGCUUUACCCCAGAUUAUCGAGGCCACGAAAUUUCCAGAUAUUAUAGAAGAAGCUAACAAAAUCCAGAUGAACAAUCGGAAAAAGGCUGAAACUAAACGUAUUGAUUAUCCAGAUGAAUUUACAUUAGAAUCGGUUAAGAAAAGAUUAGAUGCAUAUGAUAUUAAAACUUUACCCGAUUAUCAGGCUCUUGCAGAUAUCAUGGUGAUGCUUUGUAUUCAUCCUGCUGAACUUAGAACUUUACGUAUUACAGAUGCCGGAGUAACAGGAUAUGCGAAGAAUCGGAGUUAA